GGAGGAGGGGCAUAAUGUAGCGAUGCGGUCAUUGGAUAGCACGACAGAAGCGCCUCAAGGCUGCUCCCAGAAGAGACGGGGAUGGAAUUGUUGGGCAGCCCGGCGGAAGACACAUCCUCCCCUCCCAACACAUUAAACUUCAGUGGAGCACGUCGUAAAAGAAAGACCCUGGUGGCCCCAGAGAUUAACAUUUCCUUGGACCAGAGCGAGGGCUCCUUGCUGUCUGACGACUUCUUGGAUACCCCUGAUGACCUGGAUAUUAAUGUGGAUGACAUCGAGACCCCCGAUGAGACCGACUCGCUGGAGUUCCUGGGGAACGGCAAUGAACUGGAAUGGGAAGAUGACACCCCUGUGGCCACUGCCAAGAACAUGCCCGGGGACAGUGCGGAUCUGUUUGGGGACGGUGCGGCAGAGGACGGCAGUGCUGCCAACGGGCGCCUGUGGCGGACAGUGAUCAUCGGGGAACAGGAGCAUCGCAUCGACCUGCACAUGACCCGGCCCUACAUGAAGGUGGUCACUCAUGGAGGGUACUAUGGCGAAGGUCUCAAUGCCAUCAUCGUCUUUGCUGCCUGCUUUCUCCCAGACAGCAGCUCGCCCGACUACCACUACAUCAUGGAGAACCUCUUCCUGUACGUCAUCAGCAGCCUGGAGCUCCUGGUUGCCGAGGACUACAUGAUCGUGUACCUGAAUGGUGCCACCCCCCGGCGGAGGAUGCCCGGCAUAGGCUGGCUGAAGAAGUGUUACCAGAUGAUUGACAGGAGAUUGCGGAAAAACCUGAAGUCCUUGAUCAUUGUCCACCCCUCCUGGUUCAUUCGGACGGUGCUGGCCAUUUCCCGCCCUUUCAUCAGCGUCAAGUUUAUCAGUAAAAUCCAGUAUGUGCACAGCCUGGAAGAUCUGCAGCAGCUCAUUCCCAUGGAGCACGUUCAGAUCCCAGACUGCGUCCUACAGCUCCUCGCUGCCCAGUCCCAGCCAGCUCAGGGAACCGGGGGAAAGGACAAGAGGAGACGAAACCGGGGACUGUAA